GCAGGUUUGCACAACAAUGGCUACAGGCGCCAAGCAGGAAAUUUCCUUCGGCCUCCAAGACAGCAUUAUAAGAUUUCUGAAGCCACAAAAGGUAAAGUUCAUGAAGAAGAUCCAGCUUCAUCAUUCAAAGACAACAUCUGAAGAAAGGAUUUUGGUUGUGACUUUGUGGAGGGCUCACAUUGUAUAUCCAUGGCUCCCUGUCAAGGUGGAGAGCUCCUUCAGUUAUUUAGAAGUUUAUGGAAUCACUGUCACAGACCCGAGGCAGGUUAUCAUUGAAACUGACAGAUUUGCACUUUCACUGAGCCUCAUGUCUUUUGAGGAUCUGGAACAGGUGGUUGGCCAUGUCACCUCAUCUCUCAAAAAGAUUUUCCCAGACUCCUCUCCAGGAAAACUGCUCAAGAACUCUCUUCCAGACAUGCAGGAGAGGCUUAAAAGUAUUGCAUGCUCUGCUGAAGGGGCACUGGACACUAACCAAGGGCCUUGUGGGGGAUUUUCUGAAACAUAUGCAGCCUUGUGUGAUUACAAUGAAUUCUCCUGUAGGGAAGAAAUCCAGUGGGAUGUAGACAACAUCUACCACAGUCAGGAGAACCGGGAAUUCAAUCUACUAGAUUUCAGCCAUAUGGAAAGCAGGGAUGUGGCUUUGGCUGUGGCUGCCCUUUCAUUCAAUCAGUGGUUUACAAAGAUAUAUUGCAAAGAUUUUAAACUGAGUUCUGAGGUACUAGAACAAGUUCUUUACAUGAUCAAUAGGUCUCCAAAGUUGGAAGAAGUUAGCCUGGAAAACUGUGGCCUGAAAAUGGAUUUUGCCUUGAAGAUGGCUCAAGCAUUGAGGGAGCAUACUUGUUCAGCUUUACACAUGGUUACCUUAGCUGGUAAUCAGAUAGAAGACAGAGGUGCUGCGACUUUGUGCCAGGAAUUUGAAAAUCUUACCAGCGGACUAGCUCAUAUAUCUUUCUCCAGAUGCAAUCUGAGUCCCAAAGGACUGAAUGCUCUAGGUCAGGCUCUCACAACAAACAAAUCAUUCUCAAACUCACUGCGUUAUCUUGAUUUGUCUGGCAAUCCAGGACUACUCUCUACUGAAGAAGCCAAUGAUUUAUUUUUGUUUUUAUCUUGCUCAAAUAUACUGACCCAUCUGGAUCUUUCUGCAACUGAUUGUCCUCUUCCUCCUUUGUUUGUAGCUUUGUCUGUGGGAUGCUGCUCCAAACUCUCAUAUCUGAACGUUUCUAAGAAUAUUUACUCCCAUAAAAAGGCACGAGAUAUACCUGAGUCUCUUAAAGACUUCUUCUGUGGGUGUAAGGAACUCAAGUUCAUGGGUUUUUCUGGCACAAAGAUUCCUUCUGAGGCCCUCCGAAUAUUGCUUCAAAGUCUGGCCAGCAACAGAUAUCUGUCAGAUUUGGAACUGGAUCUAAGCUACUGUGAGUUGAGGUCACCUGGUGCACAAGUCAUCCAAGAUCACAUAUUUGAGGCCAAUGCCAUUGGGAGCUUAGACUUGUCAGAUAAUGGAUUUGAUAGUGACAUGGUGACCUUGGUUCUGUCCAUUGGAAGAAGUCAGUCCAUCCGCCAUCUCUCUCUUGGAAAGAAUUUUGGGAUGAAGUCUAAGGCCCUGGCAGAUGUUCUUCACCGAAUUGUCCAGCUAAUUCAAGAGGAAGAGUGUCCCUUAGAAUCAUUGUCUGUGGCUGAGUCCAGGUUGAAGACUGGCACCAAUGUCCUAAUCACUGCCUUAGGAAGUAACAAUAGCCUGACCAAGAUUGACAUCAGUGGUAACUACAUGGGAGACAUGGGCGCCAAGAUGCUGGCCAAAGCCUUGCAGGUCAACACCACACUAGGAACAGUGAUCUGGGAUAGGAAUAACACAACAGCUGCAGGCUUCCUUGAUGUUGCUCAUGCCCUGGAAAGAAACUAUUCUCUGAAGUGUAUGCCUAUCCCAAUAAAUGAUGUGUCUCAAGCAUAUCGCAACAACCCUGAAAAGACAGAGGAAGCUGUGCAGAAGAUGCAAGCAUGGCUUCAAAGGAACAACCAGAGACAAACAGCAGUCUCUGAGCGAGCCUUUCGGCUUCAGCAAGGAAUAAUGACAAGCACCUCAGAGCAGCUGGUGAAACGCAUGUGCGCCAAACUUGAAGACAAAGUGAAGCCACUUCAGAGCUUCUCUGUGAAAGAGGUCCAAGAAGACAUUCUGCUUGCUGAAGAAGUGUUGUGUAAUGCCAGGGCUUCCAUGACACUUCUUCCCAGCCUCUAUGAAAUGGGAAGACUGACCCCAAGUGCUGGCAUUGUGCACUGCAGGCUAAAGAAACUCAUAGAUGAGAUCAGCCAGGCUGUCAGAAGUGAGAUGCAGGUGUUGGUGCAGACAAUGCUUGAUACGGCUGAGAAGGCUUGCCCAAAGAUCAUGCACAGGACGAAGGUACGAGAGCGGCUGGCCACUUAUGUUUCUAAAAAGAUUGUUCAGUCAGAAAAAUUUGUGAAGGAAGCAAUCUUCCAGCAACUUGGGGAGGAUGUCACCAACAAGCUUAGUGAGCUGAAACUGUCAACAACUGUCACUAUUGCUGAAAGCAUCAUUGAUGAAAUGCUACAGGACCUAUCAGCAUCUCAGAACAAACUAGCACAGCACCUCCUGGAUCAAACACAGAUUGUUACAACAAGGACAGGGGAGGAAUCACUGCUGAAGAGAAACAAAGCUCUUUUUGAGCUUGCUGAAACAGAGUUUCCAAUGGAUGAGUAUGUUCCAGUCAUCCGAAGGCAAACCCUGCACACCAGAAGUAUUCGUCCAACCCCAGUAAUUCAGAAUCAGGGAGAGCUGGACGCAGACUCCCAGCAGGAGGAUACCAAAGGCAGUGGUGGUUCCGAUCAGCUGUCAGUCAGCAGGCCUCUGACGAAGUCCCGCCCCGCCUCCUCAGAGGAUGCUGCUCUUAGCAACAGUCUGCCUCCCAGCUCAGAGCCUGCAUCUCCUCAGCGCCUUAUGGACCUGCCCAUUGAAGGACAGAGACUGCAGCAUUACACGCGAGCUAGGCCAAGACCAAAUCGCAGGAACAAGCAACCUCCCAGCAAGCCCAAUGUACAGGCCACUUCAUGUGAAAAUGAAGAAAACGAGAAAUAUGGUAAAGUGGAUGAAGGAGUAGAUGACUUCUUUGCCAAAAAGCUGAUACCAGAAGAUCCCUUAAAGUUCCUUCAGCCUGUAAAAGUUCAAGAGCCAGUUUGCUCAACGCCUCCUUCUGGCACCAGGACCAUCAAGAAAAAAUUUGGGGAUUUCUUUGCCUUCAAAAAACCAAGGUCAUCCCGAGGACAAAAAGGUGAGGGUGCUCCUGAAAGCAGCCCCUCUGGAGGCCUAAGGCUUAAAAAGACUUCAAUAGCGGACCUGAUUCGGCCUCUGAGAGAGGCAGCACGUGCUGCAGAAAAGGCUGAAGAGAGUGCAGCAAAGGUUUCUACUAUUGCUUCCACUACUGGACCUACUGCUGUGACAGGAGCAACAACAACUACAACAGCAACUACAACCACAACACCAACAACAACAACAACAGAAUCACCUGCAGGACAGCUGCCUAUACGUGUUGACCGGGAGAAGAACAAAACGCUUGAAAGUGACAGAGAGAAGAGCAAGACACCGGACGCAGAGAGAAAACUCAAGCCAUCCCGCCGCUCAUUACGGGAAGGGAAAUCACAGUCACUUAUUCUUUUAACAGGUGUUGAUGAAGAAGAAAGCUUAGCAGCCAGCCAUGGCAAGAAACUUUCUGAGAAAGGAUCAGCAGAGGGUCCACAGACUUUUGAGCAAAAAGUCCACAUCAUGCUACACAGAAUUGGUGUUACAAAAGUGCUGUCUUCUGACACUAAGAAAAACCAGAAUAAAGAUGGAGAGCUGAGGAAAGCAGAUUCUGAAGGAACAAUAGUGGACAGCAAACCCCAGCCACCUCCACAAUUCAUGACUCCACGUACCAUGUCUACUUCCUCAGAUAUGCGCCGGCCAUUCCGAGCCGGUCACGUCACUGAGCCCCUGAGAGGAACGGACAGGAGCUGUCAAGAACGUACAAGCCCGGUGGUACCCAAGGCUCCAGUAAAGCCUCCAGUCUCAGAGAUCCAGGAACACAGUUUAGAGGUCUCCCCAGCAACAAGGAUGCCCAAAACUUUGCAGGAGCAAAGUCCAGUAGACAGCUGCCUGACGGAAGAGGGAGGAAGUCUCUCAAAGUGCAAGAAAGAAUCCCUGACGCCAACCCCUUCUCCUCGACGAAUGACGGGUGUCACAGAGAAAGAGAAGAGUGAGCGAGCAAUGCCAGUGGCAAGUGAAGACAAUCUCCCCAUUCCCCGGCCUCGAGUUAAACAGGCUCAGAACCGCAGGGCCACCUCUGUUCAUGAAGAACAGCUCAGGGACCAAGAGAGCCAGCUGGAGCCGAAAGGUGACAAUAAGAGCGAGGUCAGUAUCAAGCGAUGCUCUCCAGAGGACCAGACUGCUUCUGGCGAGGUGCUUCAGACUGCUGCAAAAGCGCAACAGGUUCCGCAGACUGCACAAAGAUCACUUCGAGACCAAAGAACUGAUCCUCCUGUGUCACUGAAAAACAUGAACUGAAAAAAAUCUAUUUUCUACCAUUUCCCUUUGCACGUCAGAUUAUGUACAAAAAGUGAAGAAAAGUCCUAUACUUCUUAAUUAUUAAAAAAAAGUAAUUAUGCUCUAUCA